CUGUUUUGGGCAGACCUUCUUCCUGUCUAACAGAUCACACUGACGCUGCCAUAUGGAGAAAAUGGAGCAGCGACUAGCAGAGUUCCGAGCCCGUAAAAAAGCGGAAACCGCAAAAAGAAAAAUAUAUCAAACUCCAACUUUGUCAUCGGAGAAAGAAGCCGUAACAGAGUUAACUCCUAACGAGAGGAGUGAAGAGAAGCCUCUUCCUCCAACGACGAAGAACACUAGUGCAUCCGCCACGACGACAGAGUAUUCUCGUAUGGACCUCUGGUUGUUGGACAGCGCUCUCGGACGGUGGCUAGGUGUUGAACGUUUGGCUGUCACCAACCUGACUGUGCUUAAGGUGUUGUUGUGGCUGGUACUGCUCGGACUUUUCUCAGAGCUCGACUUCGGACUACCCUUCUUCCUGAUUUCUCUUUUCUACUGGCUUUACGAGGGUCUGCGGGCGCCCACGGAGCGCCGACCCGGAGAACUCAGCGCCUACUCCGUUUUUAACCCAGACUGUCAGCCCCUGCUUGGCACUCUGACAGCAGAGCAGUUGGAAGGUGAGAUGGGCUACAGGCCAGUGGUUAACAGAUAAUGAAAGCCCAUCUUCAUCAUCACAGUAGAGACUGCUACUCUGCAACUUUAUCCUGUCAACAGAGCCCAAGAGAAACGUGUUCACCGCACUAAUACGGUUUAUUUGCAUCUCAGGAUGAUGUCCAUUUGGAUUUGUUGCAAGUCUUUUUGGAUAACCUGUGACAGGCAUUUGGUCAGGCAGUUGCAAACAACCUCUUCCUUGAAAUUGUCUGCAUUGUUCUGCACUUUAAUAUUUUAACAUUAGAGAUCUGGUCCAAUAUAUGGAAGGGUUUAUAUUUGGUAUAAUAUGCUGUAUUUUUGUAUAAGAUGCUGUAAUCAUACUCUUGAGGGCUGGAAAAAUGUGGUAAAUGCCUUCUACAGCCUUGACUGAUUUACUGGUCCUGAUGUAACGCUGGGAAGUUGGGGUAUGCUACAUCCACUACUUGACCUACAAAUACCUUGUGUGAAGUGUUGGGUGAACGGGAAAUUCAACACUUUUCUUUAUACAAAUGAAGGGCUGUCAGUAUGACAUCUGAUAAACAUUAAUGUGGAUUUGUGACAACUGCUACUAAUUAAAAAUAGACUGAAAAUAAA